AUGAAAAAAUUGAGUUUGGCAAUUUUAUUGAUCUCCAUCACCUAUGCUUAAUUGACUUUUAAUGCUCUUAAUAAAUGCACAUGUGGUGAUUUGACAACAUAAUAGGAUUGUGCUCAAUCUUAACCUAUAUGUUCUUGGGAUUCAAAAGCUAGCUCAUGUUCAACCGUAUCUUGUUCAUCCAUAAGUGAUCAAACAAAUUGUGCCAACAAUUUGAAGUGUAUGUGGAAUGGCAAAGGAUGUGUUGAUUUUACACUUUGCAAUUAAUUAACUGGAGCCAAUCAAGCAGAUUGCUUAGCAAAAUCAAAAAACUGCCCAUAAUCUGAUGGUAAGAACUGCGCCAGCGAAGAAGCCUUAAAGUCUUGUUCAUCAUAUUCAAAUUAAACAAUCUGUGAUUUAACUAUCUCAUCUAAUGGAGUUUGCUAUUGGAGUAAUAGUGGAUGUUCAGAAGUUUCAAGUUGUGCUCAAUUGAAUUCAAAUUCUUGCUCAAAGGUUGGAAACGCAUGUCUAUGGAAUGCUACACUCAAUAAUUGUACAUAAGCAAGCUGUGCUUAGUAUGGAAAUAAUAAUACUUGCACCUACUAUUAAACUUAACUUAAUAAAUUGAUAUUUUAGUUGUGCUAAUGGAAUGCUGCCAAUAGUAGUUGUAUUUCUGCUACCGAUACAUCUGCACUUAACAUAAAUACUUGUUACAACUAAACAAAGUACACCUAUAGAUGGUCAAGUAGUUCAAACAAAUGCGAUGUUUGUGCAGGAAAAAUAAUCUAUGUUUUAAUCAUGGCUAUUAUUAUGAUUAUGAUAUGA